AUGACAAUGAAAUGUUUGAAUCAUCAGAAAUCACACGAAUUCAUUUGUUAUCAAUGUAAUUGUUUGAUGUGUUCAAAAUGUAUCUUCAUUCAUAGCAAAGAUCAUCCUGAUCAUUUCGAUCAAUGUGAACAUAUCGAUGACAUCAAACAUUCAUUGAGUACAUUAAAAUUAGAUGAUAUUAUUGACACCACAACAACAAAUAAUCAUAUUAAUAAUGAAAAUAAAAAUAAUAAUAAUAAUGAGUUUCGUUUCAAAUCACAAAUCAAUAAUAAACUUAAAUAUCUUUGGGAAUCAUUAAGAUCAUCGACAUCCAGAUAUCAAUCAUUAUCAACAACAGAGAAUGAUAUCAAACAACACUUUGAACAAUUACAUCAAUAUCUGAUCAGAGAAGAACAUAAACUACAAAGAGAUAUUAUCAAUGAUAAACAUACAAUCACAAAUCAAAUCGAUAAUAAUCUAAUGAAUUUGAAAUAUUUAAUAAAUAUUAUAAAACUAUUUAAUAAAUUAAAUAAUAAUGAAAAUAAUAGUAACGAAGAUACCUCAAAUAUUCCAGAUACAACAACAUUAUAUUCAACAACAACAAUAAUGGAAUCAAUAACAACAAGUUCAUCAUUACAAUCAUUCAUCAAUCAUAAUAAUCAAACAUUAUUCAAUGAAUAUAAUAAUUAUUUCAAUAUUGAUUCACUUCUCAAACAACAUUCCUCAGAUUCAUCAUCAAUAUUAUUAGAUAUCAUUCAUAAAUACAACAAUCAAUUCAAUGAAUCAACAACAACACAGAUAAUAAUAACUUAA